CUUACUAAUUUACCCACAGCACUCUAUAUAUAGAUCUAGACAGUCAUCUCUUACGACAAGCAUAGUGUGCUAUUCUGUCCGAGAGUCACAACAGCCACCCAUAUCAUGAACUAUGGACAAUGAUCUUGUAUUUUGAAGUAUCUUCACAUCUGACACCCCCUAAUCUGAAAUCAUGCCAGCGUGUCCCUCAACAGGGAGACGACAGCUUCAAUACACUGUCCUCAACGCCCGAUAUCUGUCCGCCUGACAGUGCAGAGAACCUGCUCACUUACGCUUGUCGUCUGCAUAUGAACUGAUCGAGCAGAUUUCUUCCAUAUGCUUACGGUCGUCUGCCUCUGACUAUCACACCAACAUGGCGACUUUAGACGCGUGGGGGGAGGCGGGGCAGAAGUAUAAAAUCCACGAGGAGACCCUUGCGUUUUUUCGCCAACAAAAAGAGAGGGGAGCAAGACCCUAUCCAGAGCUCAGUGUGGAGGAAGCGCGUGAAGCCAACUUGCAGACGUCACUUUUCUACGCGGGAGACACUGAAUUCAAAGGCAGCAUCAAGGAAUUCACAGUUCCGUCCGUUCAUUGUCCGGGUAAGGCCGUAUUUACACACAGAGACGAGGGCCCUCUUAUCUUGCCCAUUCUUAUCAGUGGAAAAAAAGAGGGCGUUGCUGUCAGCGUGUACAAGGACUCCAUCUGCCCCCUCACAGCCCCAGUGCUCGUCUACUUCCACGGUGGAGGAAUGGUGGUAGGCUCCAGACAGGCUUAUGAUGUCACCUGUAAACUAAUAGCCAGAGACACGCCCUGUAUAGUGGUGAACACGGAGUACCGCCUGGCACCGGAACACAGGUUCCCUGCACAGUUCAAGGACGUGGAGUGCGUCACUAGAUGGGUCUGCAUGAACAAGGCACUCAUAGGGGCAAAUAACUCUAGUCGAGUUGGUGUUGGAGGCGACAGCGCAGGGGGAAACCUGGCGGCGUCCGUCUGUCACCAAGUCAACGUCGACUUUCAGGUUCUAGUGUACCCUAUGACGGACCACACGUGCUCACAGCCAUCUUUCAGCGAGUUUGCCACAACACCAGGACUUAACCAAAGCAUGAUUCAGUGGUUCCAGGACCUUCACUUCACCUCCCCUGAAGAAGUGAAAGAUCCCCGCUACUCUCCCUUACUACACAAAGACUUCAGUCGCCUGCCACCGGCAAUAUUUGUUAUAGCAGAACUGGACCCUCUAAGAGAUUGUGGAUACGCCUAUCGGGAUAAAUUAUCGUCUGCUGGCGUCACAACUGACUGCAUCACACUCCAGGGGGCGCCCCAUGCAUUUUUCCACAUGCCAGGAAACUAUGAAGUGAACUGCCGUUUGUCCUACGAAGCUGUUACAAGGUUCAUCCGCAAAUUUAGUCACUGAGAAAAA